UUGGCUAUUAAAUUUAAAAAUUGCGAUAAUUUUAAAUAAUUAUGUGAGCACAGCACCUUAUAAUGUGCAGAAUCUUCAAGCUCCAAACGAAUAUAUUUUAUUAAUGGGUUAUAAGACUUUAGCAAAUUUAAUUAUAUCAUUGUGA